GUCGCACACCACACCCGCCCCCGGGCAUCUUCUCGCCCGUGAGUCGAUGUAUUAUUUGCCCUCUUAAUUGCAUCUAAUCUAUCCAGGCACUGCUGUACACCUAAUUAAUCCAUCCAUCCACACAGUGACGUGUGCACUCACGCACAGACGUCCAUGCAUCAAUGAGUCAAUCACACACUCCCCCUCCCCCUCCCUCCCCCCACAGCCCUUUUCUCUAUCUGUCCAAUCAAUAGGUCCAUAUGUCUGUCUGUCUACCGAUAUCGAUAUAUCGCCCCACCUCUCAAUAGCUUUCUUAUGUCUACUUAAUUUCUGCGUGCCGGGCCCCUGCUGUCUUUCUCUCAGAGGAUGGUCUGGGAGUGCCGGGGGCGGCUGGCGGGCGGCGGGAAGGUCGUUCCCGGCCGGAAGGUCACCUGCUUACUCAAACGGCUGUCGUCCUGGGGGGGUUUGCCCAUCUGCGAAGGGGGCGGGAUCGACGAGAAGUACGCCGACGGCCCGGGGGGCUGCUGCUGCUGCUGCUGGGAUGCGCGGGCGUUGGUGCCGAUGAGAAUGCGGCGGACCUCCUCCUCCUCUCGGUUGUCGGCUUUGUUGACGUAUAUCAUGGCAAUGGCGAAGAUGAAUAUGAGGACAAAGACCACCAGCAGCACAGUCACUGCCUGGGAGGGGAGGGACAGGGCGCUGGUGAAGUCGGCCGAGUGGAAGAAGCAGACGACCGCCCAGAGCACCAGCAGCACGCCGAACACCUUCUGCAGUGUGGACAUGGGGAUGGGUGUGUGGCCGUCUGCGGGAUCCCUGCCGGCCUUGAUGGCCCACAUGGUCGCCAGGAACAGCGGGAUGAAGACCACCAACACCAGGGCAGUCAUGAACCCGGAGGGCGAGAUGGGCGGCUUCCAACCGAGGAACAUCCUGUCGUAGUAGUAAUCUCUGCAGUUAGUUAACACACACGCACAUCCAUCCAUCCAUCCAUCCGCACACCGCCCCUGUGUCUGUGUGGUCAUUGCAAACGUCUGUCCUUACAUGGUGCCAGCGGGCUCUUCAGCUGCCUUUUCCAACUUGCUGGACUCCUUAUCGGGCUGCGGCUGCCGGUGGUGCAUUUGCUGCAUCUGCCCUGCCGCCAUGCUGUCAGCCUGCAGGUGGCCGUGUUGGCCCUGAUGAUACGAGCGGAACUUCGUCGCAGCAGCAGCAGCGGUUUGGUGGACUCGAGAUGCGACAGGGGGCGGCGCCACCCUCACUGCAGCGGUGUCAUAGAGGUGCAGGAGGGAGAGGAUGAGGACUGAUAGGACUGUCGGCAUGAUCAUGAUACUGGCAGUGGUCUGGUGGUGGGCUUUGGGCGGUGGGUGGUCAGAUGAGGAGAUCUUUCCACUGCUGCUGAUGAGCCAUUUCCUCCUUAUCUCCUUAUUUCUCAACGCUUAUCAGCUGCUGCUGCCUUUGAACUUCCACAAGGCCACCAGAUGCUAUCUCCGAU